AUGGAACUUUCUCGCGAGGCAUACCAGCUUAUCGUCCAGAACGUCAAAUCUAGGUCGGAUCUGUGCACCUUGACACGUACCUCAAGAGCCUUCCAACGAGCCGCAGAGCGCGCGCUAUACAAUACCCUUGUUAUGAACGACUCAACGACUGCAAUUAAAAUCUGUCAUUCGAUUACCUCUAAUCCGAGACUGGGCGCUCUCGUUGAUGCUCUCACAAUCUUUGCUUCUCCUCCGACUCGUGACGAUGAAGAUGACUCGAGCGAUAAUGGUGUUGUUGGACUACCGGAGGAGUACUGGAAAUCGAUAGCAUCUGUGCUGGCUCAAACGACUCGACUACGACAUCUCAACGUUCACGUUGACGGAGAUUCAGCUUUCGCGUGGAUUCUGCGGAAUAUCAAAUUCAGAUUGGAUUCGUUUCAUUGUGAUUUGGCGUGGGACGAAGAUCUCGUCAAUUUCCUCAACUCGCAGGAUCAACUUCGCGAUCUCUACCUCGCGGAUUUCGCGUUAACUUCUCCAACUCCAAUCCGCAAUGACGAAGAAGAAGAAGACGACGGUCAGCAGGCCCAACCUUCUAGCCCCAUGUCUAUUCGUCCGGACGCGUUGCCCUUAUUGUCAAUUUUGGAAUGUAGCUUCAUCGAUGCGAUCACGACGCUCGUUCCUGGACGUCCAGUCAUACGAGUCAAAACGUGUUUCUCGAGAGAAGAUACGCCGGGUAAGGCGGAAGAACUGCGUAAGCUCAGCGCAAGUCUACGACGAACAUCAUCCAGGCUCCGCAGUCUUGACCUCGCAGAUGCAUCGUAUACAGAGGAAUUUACCCUCACGGUGCUAGGCACGAUGACAGGACACCUCCCGGACCUUCGGUACUUUGGUACACUUGUUCUUCCCGUGGGGCUUGAGCGUCUCCAAUUCUUUGGACUGCUCAUGCGUUUGAAGUCGCUGUAUACAGUUGAACUGGAGGUAUCCGAAUGGGAACCUGCACCGUCGCCGCAGGCGAUGCGUGCACUAGCAAGUGAACUACGACUCUACUGCCCGUCUAUACGAUGUUUCGUCUUUGUCCAGGAAUUCGAACGUACAGUUGUGCGUGUCGUCAACGGCUUUUGUGCGGUUGAUCCGGAGGCCAACACCGAGAAUCUUUGGAGAGACGAACGGAGCUAG